UACACAUACAUAAAGAAAUAAAAAGAAACAUUCCUUUGGGAACAUCAGCUAUGAAGUUAAUAUUUUACAAUAUUUAUAAUAUUCAUGUAAAUAUAAAAGUACAAUUAAAGUUUUAUGUAAAACUAUAAGUGUUUAAAAUUCUCAUUGUCGAAAGAAGUAUUCGUUUUUGACAUUUUAGUAUUGAAUGAAGCAUUAAAGAGUUAUUAUUUCCACCUUAAAUCCCACACUGGCUGUCGAUGAACAAUAAUAUUCAUCGACAUUCGCAUCGAGAGCUAAUGUUAAUCCAAAAUAUUUUCCAGCACCAUAUGGUCUCCAUGGUACAGAAUCUGGUGUAAUAUUUGAGGAGGCAUAUCCAGUUUCAGGUGUCCAAUCAAUUAUCGGAAAUGGAAGAAGAAAUGUCGAAACAAAAUUGUCGGGGAAAUAUUGAUAAAGAAAAGGAGUUAGAAAUCGAUUGGGAGAAGAAGUAUAUUACGACGAGAGUAAGAAAUGAAAUGGAAUCAAUGUGGGAGAUCCCACAGAUCUUCCAUUUUCUACAAUUAACCAAGAAAGCCUUGAAUAUUUCUCAUUUAUCAAUGUACGAGGUGGAAAGAAUGCUUUUAAUGCCAAAAGCCUCGAAACAAUUAGCAAAUAUUAUGACCUGUCUUCUUAGUUCUCCCAAUUUGAAAUCUAAACUUCAUAAGUUACCACCAAUGCCCUACGAAUUUUGGACGAACGUUUUGAUGCACAAAGUUCGAACGUGGUUUAAAAUUUAUCAAAAUAAGCACAAGAAUAUAAUAAAGGUUUUCGAAUCAGUCGGAAUAGAGUCACAAUUUUGGAAUCUUUUUCCUGAUAUUUCUUGCCUGGAAGGAAAAGAUUUUGAAACGUUUGCUUUUAAACAAAAAGUUUGGCUACUAAAAACACUAUGUGAUACAAUUUUGCAUAGCAGAAAAACAAUUCAAGAAGAAGUAUUAAAGCACUCUUGGGAAGAUAGAAUCGAAACAAUUUUAGGUAUUGACAGACACGGUGCAAGAUAUAUUUAUUUUCCACAUUUUCUAGAAAAUGAUCUUAGAGUCUAUCGGCAUUGUUUAGAUAAUGGAAUAAUGUCAACAGUGAAGGCACCAAUUAUUAAAGAAGAGCCAAACUGGGACGUUAAAGACGAGGACACGGUGAAAUUUUCCAAUUUAAAAACUGGUCGCAGUAAAAGAAGAAAAUCCCGUUGGAGAAAUGGAUCUUUGCCUUAUAAAGGGAAAAGAAAAAAAGAUCGUGAGAAAAAACGAAGAAUUGAAAGAUUAAAUAAUUUAUCGUACAAUUCGGAUAUUUUCAAGAGUUUAGUAAAAAAUGAAAGUCUAUCUGAUCAAAGCAGUCCGGAGAAAAAGAAACAAUUAAACAUUGUUUCCUUUGAAAAUAUUCCAAAUGCCUUUAAAGGAUUUCAAAGUAACAGUGAGGAGGAAUUAGAUAAUAUGACCAUAAUUUAUAACAUUCUAGAUCAAUUGAUAACGACAAUUGAGGAAAAUACGACAAAUUCAGAAGAAAGUUUAUUGGAUCAAAGUUUAACAGAAAAUCAACAACAAGAUGAAGAAGAAGAAGAAGAAGAACAACAACCACAGCAGUCAACAACCGACAAUGAAAUAAAUGACGGUGAUGAUGUAACUAAUUAUUUAGAGAGUAAUUUUGCAGAAACAACAUCUGAUGUUGAUGAGACGAAUAAUAAAAUUUCUGAUACGGAAGAAAAAGGGGAGGAAAAAUUAAAUGAAGAUUUAAAGAAUGACGAGGUUGGUUUAGAUAAAUGGUUAAAUGCACUGUCGAAGAAAAAGGACAGUCACGAUGAUGAUGAUGAUGAUGAUGAAGAGGAAAUUGAGCAUAAUAGUAAAUUAGAAUUGAAAGAGAAAAAUGAAAAUAAAAAUCAAGAACUCAAAGAACACUCCUCAAAGGACAAUGAUUAUGAUAGUAAUGCAGAAAGUGAUAAUGAAGUUUCUUUAAUUGAAUUAAGAGACAUUUUGCUGAAUGAGGCGUCUUUUGAUGAAUCCUCACACGUUAUGAUAAACACCAGCAAGCAACAUAAUUUCCAAAAUAUAAAAUUCACUGAAACUGAAUCAUGGAAUAUUGCCGCGAAAGAUUUCAAUGAAUUAAUCACCGAUUUGAGUGAAUCUAAAUUUAAGCUCAUCGCCGACAGUGUCGAAACAUUGCGCAAUUUGAUCAGAGGCUUCUCCUGCAAAGAUAAUCUCACGGAGAUUAAUAAAAAUAUUAGUGAUUUCACACCAGUUUGUGAAGUAAAUUUAUUAAAUAAAUUAACGGAGCUACUCAAGUCCGUAGAAUGUUUGGAAACGGCUUUAAAAGAUUGUACAAUGAAAGCGAAAUCAAAAUUGCAGAAGGAAUGGACUAAUCAUAAAGAUGGAAAUGCAGAAGAUAAGGAAUCGUCCAGUGAAGAUGGUCAAUCAUCAAAUUGGUGGGUGAUUGGAUCACAAAAUUGCAUGUUAUCGCCAUGUGGUUCGCUGACAGAACAUUCCGAUUGCGAAUUCGGCAAACGUGCUGAUAAUCAGAAGUGUAAAUUCAAUGACGAUGAGGAAAAUAAGGGAAAAGAAAAUGAGGAAAGCGACGAAGAUGAUAAUGAAGAAGAAGAAACAAAAAGACGACCAACGAGAGUAUUACGAGCUCGUGGCAUUCCGUCGUACACGGAACAAUUUCUUUCGGACAACAGCGAAACCGAGGAAUUGGAAAGAUGGACAGAAUUCGAGGCAACUUACACUUCACCCAAUGCUCCAAUUAAUUCUUCGACGCUUCUUCCUUACUCGCAAGUUGACAAACCCGAUAAGCGAACCGAUCCGGAGGAUUCUGAUCAAGAGUGGAUUUUACCAAGUUCGCGGAAGAAGCGAAGGAAACGUCAGUCUGCAAGUCGAAGACUAAAGUCAUUUCAAAAUAAACUGCAAAACAUACAAUCGACUUCGAUGUCGCCGACAAAUGCCACUUCAUCGGAAAUGACGGACGAAAAGCCAAAUAUCCCGCUAAUGAACGAAUCAAACGAGAACGUGGAAAAAGCAAAAGAAUCAACGGAAUUACCCGAAAGUUCGUCGAAUUCUGCGAAAGAUCCAAAAAUCCCGAUGAAGGAAAGUCUAAUAAAAGUUGUGCCUCCCUCGAGAAUGAAAAUUGAGUGUGCCGACAGUGUUCAUUCCGAAUUAGACAUUAAAGACGAAGGACCAAUAAUCGACAAUCCGACGAAUUACAACAACAUGAAUACGCAACAAACCCCAGGCUAUGUGAUCGUAAAAACCGAACCGCCAUCACCUGGAUAUCAUUACCCGACGCAACAAAAUCCUCCAAUGCCCGGAGUUGUUCAACAACAGUACAUGCAGCAAAACCCAUACGUUCCAAAUCAUCUGCCCCAAACAUCCAAUGUUCAUUCAUCGCAUCCUUAUUACGUUCAAAAUCCUCCGAAUUACGUUCUUCACAAUCAACAUCCUUACGGUCAACCUAUGCCACCCAGACAUCCGAUGGGUUUGCAACAACAACAAAUGCAACAUCAGCAACAGCAGCAGCAGCAUCUUCAGCAACAAAUGCUCCUUCAGCAGCAACAACAACGACCGCAAGUCAUCAGCGGUCAUCAAGUAAUCACUCAUCCGAACUACGUUCAAUAUAAUUACAUGAACAAUCAACCGAAUAUGAUGAAUCACCCACGAGCUCGCUUACCGAAUCUAAACAAUCAAAGACCCUACCUGAAUCGCGCUCAACUGAUGAAUCAAUCAGUUCGCAUGGGUCUGCAAAAUCGGAUGAACAUUCCCCGACAGAACUACAAUCACCCGAACGGUGCCGUAAUCCGCAGUAUGCCACUGGCCGGCAAUGGAAUGAGAAAUCCCGUCCCAAGAGCAAGACAUCCUGGACCACGAAUGACUGCAAGAGUCGCUGCACCUCCUCAACGUCUCCGACUACCGAAACCAAAUCCCCCAGCUGCUGCCGCCGCCGCUGCAAAAAAAAAUAAUACAACCUCUCUGAUCGUCCUUAGUGACAGUGACGAUGAAAUCGAAAUGAUUUACACCGAGAAGAAACGUGAUUCUACAACACCAAGUGUUUCACCAAGAAAAACAGUUCAAACAAGUCCAAGACGAAAGCCAAUUGUCACCUCCGAAGUUACGGUUGCAAAAUCAAAAAGUACAUUACCACCGCAAAUAAUGCAACGUAUGAGUCAAGGUGGUAUUUCAAUAACGCCUGUGAAAGCAAAUCCACCACCGGUCACUAAUCCAAAUACACAAUUAGUUGUUGUUGUCAAUGAAACUGGAAGUCAUUACGCUCUCGCAUUACCGAACGGAAGUAAAUUGAUAUUAACACCAGAGCAAGUGGCGCAAAUACGAGCAUCCAAUGGCGGUAAAUUGAUAUUGUAAAUUAUUGUAAAAAAACUUUUCUCCCGCAGCUAUAAUAUCUUUUUAUAGAAAGGAAAAAAAGAGGUGUGCAAUUUUUAUAUAUUUAUUUUUUCAUCAUUCAGUUUUUAGUGAUAUUUAUAUAUAUUACAUAGAACUAAACAAAAAGCGUUAGAGAGUAUUAUUAUAUAUCUAAAAAAAAAACGAUUAUAUAAUCUUUUUUUUUGUAAAUACAUAUUACAUAUAUUAUAGAGAUAAGAUUUAAUAUUAUAACUAUCCGUUUUUAAAUAUCCGAAAGUUUUUAUUUUUAUUAGACGUAUGUGAAAGCAUAAUUUUUGUUUAGACAAAAUGUAAAUUGUUUUUUUCCCUGUAUUUGAAAGGUUCAAAUGAAGGAAAUUUUUUUUCUGUA